AUGGCUUCCAGGGCUGGUGGAUCCAUAGGCAGAGGUGCAGGCAGGGCUCAAGGCAGCGCACCGGGCUCUCCACCACGACCUAUGCAGGGGCGAGUAGGGGAUGGACCGGGAGGAGCCGGCGCGAUCUUCGUUGGGGGGUUGCUUACCGUACCGGCGCCGACCUCCCGUCGCUCUUUCCGUUACGACGGCCCUCGACCCCCUCCUUCGGGGCAGACGCCGCCGGCGAGCGGUAAUGAAGAGGAGGAUGAGGAGGAGGAUGGUGAGGGCGAGAAGGAGGAGGACAGUGAGGGGAGCGGGGAUGACAGCGAGGCGGCGUGGGACCCAGAGACGCAUGGCGGUGGGGAGGGGGGAGAUGAUGAAGACCACGAGAUGGAUGGGUUGGAGCCAGAGGGGCGGGAGGAGGAGGUGGGAGAGGGUGGUGGAAGGGCGGCGUCAGAGGCGGGAUCACAGCAUGUACGUGAAGGGGGAGGGAGCGUGGGGGUUAAGGUGGGGGGGAGAAAGGCCGUGACCAUUAGGGAGCCGAGGCUGAGGAAGAAGGCCAAAAAGUUGAGGGAGCGGGCGUAUCCCUGCACGUUCACUGGGGAGCCCUUGGGUGAGGGUGUGAUUGCCCCCGAGUUCCUAGACGAGGACGGAGGGUCCGAGAGUAGUAAGAGGACUGGCAAGGGUAAUAGGAAGCCGGGGUGGCAAGUUAUGAUGUUCGGACCGUUAGGGGCAGACGGGAAGCGUCAGUGCAAGAUUUGCACAGACAGGAUUUCGUGGAAGCAAUCCACAACAACCCCCGGCGAGCGGCACUUUGCGAGCUUCCACACUGCGCACAUGCAUGUGUGGCAUCACCGUUACCACACCCCGUCCGUUCACUUGCUAGGGGAGACGUUUCCCCGUGGGGGCUACAAGGGAGUGCCGGAUGGCUACGUCUAUCAGUGGCCACAUGCCAAGACUUGGCCGCAGCUCGCCAAGGGGAAAGGGAAGGCGACUGGUGGAGGUGAUGGGUCAGGCGGGAUCGAGAGGUGGAUGACAACCAAACUGACCUCGGUGCAGCUACGGCAGGCGAUCACGAAGCUGGUGGUCACCUGCGACCUCCCCUUCCGCAUCGUCGAGGCCGAGGCUUUUCGUGAGCUACUCAUCCUGCUAAACCGCAACUGCGCGCAGAAGAACUUCAUCCCCUCGCGCUGGACGGUUUCCCGCGACACAGUGGUCUAUGCGGCUGCCGCUCUUCAGUCAGCCGUUGCGGAGAUGCUGGUGAAGGAGGGGGAGGUGGGGUGCGGGGUGUCGUUCACCAUCGACAUUGACAACAAGGAUUAUGACCCAAAGAAAGAUGGGGAGGGUGCAAGGGUGGGGGAUGAGGACAACGACGACGAGGAGGAGGAGGAGGAGGAGGAGGAGGAGGAAGAGGAGGAGGAGGAGGAGGAGGAGGAGGAGGAGGAGGAGGAGGAGGAGGAGGAGGAGGAGGGGGGGGGGAGGGAGAGGGUAGAGGGGAAGGGCAAGGGGAAGGCCAAGGGGAAGGGCAAGGGGAAGGGCAAGGGGAAGGCCAAGGGGAAGGGCAAGGGGAAGGGCAAGGGGAAGACCAAAGGCAAGGGGAAGGCCAAGGGGAAGGGCAAGGGGAAGGCCAAGGGGAAGGGCAAGGGGAAGGGAAGAAGGGCAAGGGUAAAGGCAAACAAGGCCAGGGGGAGGGGGGAGAGGAUGGGGGGCUACGAAGGAGUUCCCGACAAGAAGGUGGUGAAUUGGCCACACGUGGCCUCGUGGCCCAAUGUGCCGACGGUGGCAACCCCGAGCGCGAAGGGCGAGGCAGGCGGCAUUGAGUGCUGUGUUACGGCUAGGCUCAGUAAGAUGAAGCUUCGUGAGGCGAUCACGAAGCUAGUGUUCAAGGAGCUGCUGAUCUUGCUGAACGAGAAGUGUGCUGAAAAGGGCGUGAUCCCAUCACGCUGGACGAUGGCGCGCGACAUCGUUGUCCUUGCUAACUUGGCGCUCGAGGCAGCGAUUGCGGAGCUGACCUCUACAACCUGUGCAGUGUCGUACAACACCGACAUGUGGACAGGCCCGAAUGGCAAGGUGUACAUGGUGCUGAUAGGUCACUGCGUGUUGGAGGAGUGGGAGUUGCGCCUGGUGAUUCUCGCCUUCGUCGAGAUGCCUGACGGGCAUGGGGGGAAGGAUAUCGCCAAGGCGGUGGAGAAGUUGACGUGUUGCCUCAGUCUCACGACCGACAAUGCGUCUGCAAACAUUGUCGCUCUUCGACACCUGGCGGAGGAGGGUGACUUAUCGCAGUACUUCAGCGAGAUGGCGCACUUCAUGUGCCUGUCGCACAUCGUGAACCUGGCAGUGCAGUCUGGGCUGGGUGUCGAGUCGGUGCAGGGGCCCAUGAAGAAGGUGCGGGCCAUUGCGUCGUGGGUGGGCAUGUUGCCCAAGCGAGGAGCCGUCUUCAUUGCGCUGUAG